CUCUCUCCCCCGGUCGCUUGCUUGCGCUCUGCGAUCUUGUUUCCUUUCUUUUUGUUUUUUUGUUUUUGGCCUUUUUGGUGGCUCGAGCGAGAGGGGGAAAUGGUGAGGGGGAAGACGCAGAUGAAGAGGAUAGAGAACGACACGAGCAGGCAAGUGACGUUCUCGAAGCGGAGGAACGGGCUGCUGAAGAAGGCCUUCGAGCUCUCCGUCCUCUGCGACGCCGAGGUUGCACUCAUCAUCUUCUCCACGAGGGGCAAGCUCUACGAGUUCUCCAGCUCCAGCUUGAGCAAGACAAUAGAAAAGUAUCAGAAGAGAGCCAAGGACAUGGGAGCCAAAAGUGCUGAAAUUUCUUUGCAGCCUUCCAAGGGAAACACUGUUGAUAUGGAAAAGAAGAUCGAGCAUUUCGAAGUGUCGAGAAGAAGACUCUUAGGAGAGGGUCUGGAUCCGUGUUCGGUCGAGGAGCUCCAACAAACAGAAAACCAGUUGGAAAGAAGUCUCACCAAGAUCAGGGCAAGAAAGAACCAUUUAAUCAAGGAGCAUAUUGAGCGGCUAAAGGCAGAGGAGCGGAAACUACUGGAAGAAAGGAGAAAGCUACUUGAAGUGAUCGAACGUGGCAAAGGCUCAACCCCAGCCUCCGCGGAGCCUCCUCGUGAAAAAGUCCGCACGGAGACUGUGGACGUCGAGACCGAGUUAUUCAUAGGACCACCGAAAAGAUGAACCGCUCGGUCACAAAUAAUGACCAUAGCACCAGAAGCGCUUCCUCGGUUGCCCUUUUCUUCUUCAAUCUGAGGCAAAAUAAGUUGUGUGAACAUGUUCAUUAAAGUCUUAAAUCAGGAUGAGUGUAUACUUGCUUAUUGUUGCUCGAUUGCGUGAAAAACUGUAUAUUACCAAGACACCCCAUUUCAUCUCUCUCUCGGUGGGAGGGGUAAUGUUAUAGCAAGAACACAGACCAUGUAUCAAAUCACUUGCUAUUCGAGCAUCUUCAAUGCUUGGAAUGGUAGAAUCCCCCGACUUGUCUUUACUA